UCUUAGUGCGCAUGCCCGUGCAUUUUGUUGUGAUUCUUAAAAAAUCGUUGUUAGUCUCAAAUUUUCUCUUGAGCGUGUAGCAACAAAGGAAAGGUGUGAUUAAACAAGCAAAAUGGUGUCUGGUGGUAUGACAUGUGUGAAAUACUUAAUUUUCCUGUUUAAUUUGCUGUUUGUGAUAUCUGGUAUAACUCUUUUGGUUGUCGGAGGCACAGUUUUGCUAUUCUACGCGCAUUAUUCGAACUUUGUGUACCCCAGCUACCAAUCGGCACCAAUUGUUCUAAUCAUUGUGGGGAUUAUAAUUUUCGUGAUUGCGUUCUUUGGAUGCUGCGGAGCCGUCAAGGAAAACCACUGCAUGAUAAUUACCUUUUCGAUAUUUUUGCUUGUUAUUGUAACCCUGGAGUUGGCAGCUGGCAUUGUGGGGUACAUUCGUAGGAACGAUGUGGAAGUUAUGCUGGAAAAUAAGUUGAAUUCCACAAUGUAUCAAUACAACACGGAUAUGAAGAUAAGGAAUUCCUGGGAUAUUGCUCAGCAUGAGGCCGUUUGCUGCGGCAUGACGGGGCCGGAAGAUUGGGUGAAAAUCAACAAUGGCAAUAAAACUUUACCGCACACCUGUUGCCCAGACACCCCAGACGACGGUUCCUGCAAACUCGGUUCUCCUAAUGUUAUUCAGGAUUCCUGCAUGGUAAAGUUAAAGGAGAUGAUGCAGCAGUACGGGGCAUACAUUGGCGCAGUCGGCAUUGGAAUCGCACUCUCACAGUUUAUAGGCGUAAUUUUCGCUUGCUGCUUGGCGAGAUCCAUUCGCCGCGAAUACGAAACUGUCUAGGCAGAAUUUUGCGAGCAGUUACUCAAAUUUUAAUCAUCUGUCCACUUAUUUUUAAGUUUUUUACAAUUAUAUUUAUUUUAGACUACUUUGACCAAUACUUUAUUGUUAAGUUUUACUUUUUGCACACAAGUCUGAUCGACGCAUUCUCACUUUUGACUGAGUUG